AUGAAUCAAGCUUCCACUCGGUCCCACUGCAUCUUCACCAUUCACAUAUCUAGCAAAGAACCUGGGUCAGACACUAUCCGACGAUCUAAACUGCACCUGGUGGACCUGGCUGGAUCCGAACGUGUCGCAAAAAGUGGAGUUGGUGGCAAACUGCUAACGGAAGCUAAAUACAUUAAUUUAUCACUACAUUAUCUUGAGCAGGUAAGGACCAUCCUGUCUCCUGCUUUACAUUAUUAGGCUCCUUUUGAUAAAUGUACUUUUAAAUUGACUCAGGUUUAACGUGCUGCUUUGAGCCCUCAUGAGAAACAUAGGGCUGAACAUAUUAGCCGUUACUGACCAUUAACUGAACAAUUUAGACUGUAUCAACACUUUUACUUCUAAAGUAUUUGAUAACUUUAAGUCUUUCAGUUUUGUUUUUUUGUCUGUUGCUCCUUUUGCUUCCCCUACCAUCAAUUUUGAAUGGUGACAUUUGUUUUGCAAUGCAAUCUUUCUACCAUUUUUCUCUUCUCUUUUUUUCAAUAACUAUGAACAUGGCGGUCUUCCGAAAUGAAUUAGAAAACAGGGUGGAAAUUACAAUGACGAAAAUGUUAAUUUGUUAGACUAAGAACACUUUAUUUAAUACAAUAAAAAAUAAUGAUGAAAUGUAACUAUAAUUUUUCAGAACAUUUUGAUAAAUAUCCCCCAAUGAGUUAUAUUUACAUUCUUUGUUACAUGCCUAUAUUAUAAAUCUCUAUAUUGCAUUCUUACAAUGUUACGUUUAACAUUGACAGCAGAUGCUAUUUCCAAUGCUAUGUUUAUUAAUACGUGUCAUGGCCAGUAGAGAUGUCGCGAACCGUCCGCGAACAUCUCGCGAACGGUUCGCCGCGGUUCGCCACGAGCUGUUCGCGGCGAACUCCGGUCAGCUGACAUGUCCCGGCCAAUCUCCAGCAGACCCUCCCUCCCAGGCCCUCCUACUUCCUGGACAGCAUCCAUGUUGUCCAGUAAGUAGGAAGGUCUGGGAGGGAGGGUCUGCUGGAGAUUGGCCGGGACGUGUCAGCUGACCGGAGUUCGCCGCGAACAGCUCGUGGCGAACCGUUCGCGAGAUGUUCGCGGACGGUUCGCGACAUCUCUAAUGGCCAGUAAUAGGUAGAACCAUCAAAUCCUCUGAAUCUUUUUAAUACAACAUGUAAAUAUUUCUUAUUUAGCUGCACUGUCUUCUUGCCGUAACUGAAUAUGGAUAAUUAUUGAAAAGACAAAGCUACUCUGUUGUUUGUCCGUAGCCUUUUCAUACUCUCUUUCCUCUAUUUUUAUUAAUGUGACUAUUUGCAGUUAUUUGAAACUUCCAUGUAAAUCCACUAAUUGUUUUAAAAUAACGGCCUUACGAGGUAGCAGGGAAAGAAGGCUGGUAGAGAUAGACUCAGCCUUGGACAUGACGCAGACCAAUCUGGAGGUUCCAGAUUGUGGAUUAAAUUGUGUUUUUCAAAUUAUUCAGUGAGAGUCCUCUGGCUGUCAGGCUCUCUAUUCUUUCUUCUGAAUGUGCUUAGCUACUGUGUCAAGCACAGCGGGUACUUGUGUUUUAUAAUCCUUUACAUAAAACGUUAAAAUGUUAAGCAGCUUCCAACUAGGGAGAAAAUUUAACUUCAUCAUUUAGAGACAUUACAAGGUAAACACAUUGGAUAUAAGUGCCCUAUUUCAAGGAAAACCCCCUUGGGGGAAUAAACAAUUCCAGAUCUGGUUGUACUUGUAGUGUAACAGAAAUCUAAAUGUGUAAUUCAUGCGCCAGUAUUACAACAGCUUUGGGCUUCGUCUCUAUUCUAUGAACGUUUAAAGGGAAACGAGUUGUUUAAACAUAGUGAGAUACAAACAAGUGUAGGAUCUUAAGUAUGAAGUAUUUGAUGGAAAAUAUUUCAGAAUACAGAGGACAACACACCUAGACUGAUAUUUUGGAAAUUAAUCAUCAUUUCAGGCAAAAUUCACAUAUCUUUGGUACUGAUGUUUUUUUUUUUGCAAAGGAAACUCAUCUAAUAUAUCAGUUCUUAUACUUUAGUGUGUAGGAAAGGCUUCAGACAUUGAAGCUUCAUGUCUGGUAAAAUAAUGCUGACAACAUUUGAACAAUUUGUUCCUUAACUCAAACUGGACUAAAACUACAAAAACGCAUGAGCAGAUGUACAUAUCCAGGCGUCAACCUAAGAUAGUUGUCAGUCCGACUAUACAGAUUUAAAACUUAUCGUUUAUACUGGUGAUCAUUUCCCUAGAAAAAAACUACUAAUCAGAGUGCUCUGAUAUAAUUAUAUCAGGAAAGGAAGGAAUACAAGAAAUGUAAACCUGUGUAUUUUAUUUAGCACAAUUACUGCUAAAUUACUGCAAAUGAGUUUCAAUAUGUCCCUGUUAUGACAUUCUCUGACCAAUUCUCUUAUUGUUGCAGGUGAUAAUUGCAUUGGCUGAAAAGAACCGAUCUCAUAUACCAUAUAGAAACUCCAUGAUGACCUCGGUGCUCAGAGACAGCCUCGGGGGAAACUGCAUGACAACCAUGAUCGCAACUCUAUCGCUGGACAAGAGGAACAUUGAUGUAUGUGAAAAAUUCCACCAUAUUUGUGUUAUUAGGCUGCCUUGAAUGUAGCGUUUAUGGGAAGAUUGCAUGUGAUAAGCUUCGUGUUCCUCUCCCCUCACUGUCCCUUAGUGGUCCUUCCUCUUUCCCACCUUAGUGUUUCUCCCCAACCCCCCCCAUAUUAGUGGUCCUGUCUCUGCCCCAAAUCCUUAGUGGUUCUCUCUCUCCUCCUUCCCCGCCCCUCUCAGUGGUCCUACCUCCCUCUCCCUCUUAGUUGUACUACCUCUCCACUUCCCCCUACCCCCUCUUUAGUGGUCCUCACUCUCCCCCCCCUUCUUGGUGGUCCUCCUCUUCCCUCCUUCUUGUGGCUCCUACUUAUCUUUGUAGUGCGGCAUGGGCGGCGAACCGUGGUACAGGAGCUUCUGUUUCCUGUACCCAGCCAGACUGACAGGAAGUGCUCUCUCAGUGAGCACUUCAUGUCAGUCCGGCCGGGUACAGGAAACAGAUGCUCCUGUACUGUAGUCUGCUGCUUGGCCACGUUACAAUGAGUGAUUGGCAGGAGGGAGCGAUGUGCGUUUCCAUCCUACCAGGUAACUCAAAUCUGGCGCCCCUAAGUCGCCUAUAGGAUGCGCCGGUCCUGGGUGUCACCCUCCCCCCGCCCCCCCUUCGUGCUGCACACCGUGGUCCGCACACCCCACACCCUCCUUGUGACGCCACUGUUUACAGAUCCUCUAACGGUAAUGGAAGCAGUGUGGUAGGCCAUUUGGUAUUUUUAUUUGUGAGUUGCUGGUAGUGACAGAUCACGAUUUAAUUCGCUGUUUCCAGCAAUCAGAAACACAUAAAAUAUUGCAUAUUACUCCUUUGAAUCAGGUGACAAUAAAGAACUUCAUCAUGAUUUUCAUAUAAAUGGUAACGAUUUGUCUCUCUAGGAGUCUAUUUCCACGUGCCGAUUUGCUCAAAGAGUUGCUUUAAUAAAGAACGAAGCCACGCUGAAUGAAGAGAUCGAUCCUCAGCUGGUAAGUGUGCUCUAAAACGUCACUUUACAGACUGCAAUUCAACAUCUACAUUGUGUUAAAAACAGUUUAGUAGAUAUACCCUAAAAAGCACAAAGCACAGACUAAAUUUCGCAGUAUCCUUUAUUCCCAAAGAUAAAAAAACCUAAAAAUCAUGCAAAAAUCCAAUCCCCCAAAUGUUGUGUACUCACAUACAACUGAGGAGAGGUGCUCCUUCUGAAUGCUGGAGGUAAAAUCCAGUAGUCUCCUCGGCUGUGCUCCCCACCGUAUGGGAGUCUGGUAUGGAACCUCACCAGAGUCAUUAAAGUGUAAAUAUGCGAUCAUUCACUGUCCGUCCGACGCAUUUCAUGAGUUAGUUCUCACUUUCUCAGGGAGCUGUAAAUAAUUGCUAAAGGAUGAUUCCAUAUAGAGACAUCCCCACUUUCUGCAGUGUACAUCAGUAAUUAGUUAAAAUAGCUGCUUGCUGGAGCCUUAUUAAAAUAUGAUUCCAGAACUUAUUUAUACAAAUAAUAAACAAUGUCAAGAAAAGAAAACCAUGAAUCACUAGACCCCUCAGUUGUAUGUGAGUACACUAUGUUGGGGACAUUGCAUUUCAGUAUGCUUUUUAUCUUUGGGAAUAAAGGAUACUGCACCAUAUAGUCUGUGCUUUGUACUUUUUAGGAUUUAUCUACAAAACUGUGAAAACAGAUGGCGAACAUAGCGUGGGAAAAUUCAAAAGAACUUUCCCACGCUGUGGUAAAAUAACACAGAGCACUGUGAUUGGAUGGCUUGAAAUCCAUUCAAAAGAACUUUCCCACGCUGUGUAAAAUUACACAGAGCACUGUGAUUGGAUGGCUUGAAAUCCAUCCAAUCACAGUGCUCUGUGUCAUUUUACACAGCGUGGGAAAGUUCUUUUGCAUUUUCCCACGCUGUGUAAAAUGACAAAGAGCACUCUGAUUGGCUUAAACCAGCCAAUCAGAGUGUUCUUAGCCUAAUUGCAGGGCGUGGCAAGGCUUUAUAAGCCUUCCCCCGCCCUGCAGAGCUCAGUCUGCGCAGAGCCCUCCAUGGGUGAAGAUGAAUUAUUUUUUUGUGCGCUCGUUUUUUUUUUAGUUUUUUUUUUUAAUUGCGUCGGUUCUUAUGGCUUUUUAUUUGGCCUUUUUUGGGGCUGAAAAAAGAAGAUUGUAGAAGAAAGAAAACAUCAAAUGGUGAGUUAUUUUUAUCCUCAUUAUUUUUAGGGUGAGGGGGGUAGGUAGGGAGAUCAUUUUUUUUUGGGGGGGAGGGGUGACUAGGGUCCCCCCCCUUUGUAUUUAGGGCCCCCACCCACCGCUCAGGGGUGGGGGCCGGGGGGACAAUAGGUCCCCCCCUUAUUGUUAUUUUUAGGGCCCCCACCCACCGCUCAGGGGUGGGGGCCGGGGGGGGACAAUAGGUCCCCCCCUUAUUGUUAAUUUUAGGGCCCGCACCCACCACUCAGGGGUGGGGGCCGGGGGGGGACAAUAGGUCCUCCCCUUAUUGUUAUUAGGGCCCCCACCCACCGCUCAGGGGUGGGGGCCAGGGGGGACAGUAGGUCCCCCCCUUAUUGUUAUUUUUAGGGCCCCCACCCACCGCUCAGGGGUGGGGGAUGGGGGGGACAGUAGGUCCCCCCCUUAUUGUUAUUUUUAAGGCCCCCACCCACCGCUCAGGGGUGAGGGCCAGGGGGACAGUAUUUUUAGGGCGCCCACCCGCCGCACAGGGGUGGGGGCCGGAGAGGGGGAGGACAGUAGGUCCCCCCCCUCAUUAUCUUUAUGGCCCCCACCCGCCGCCCAGGGGUGGGGGCCCGGGGGGAGGACAGUAGGUCCCCCCCCUCAUUAUCAUUAUGGUCCCCACCCGCCGCCCAGGGGUGGGGGCCGGGGAGGGGGGAGGAGAGUAGGUCUCCUCCCCCCCCCCUUCAACCACUAUUGUGGCCAGAAAGAGUCCCUGUGGGUUUUAAAAUUCGCCUGCCUAUUGAAGUCUAUGGCGGUUCGGCGGGUUCGCCCGGUUCGCGAACAUUUGCGGAAGUUCACGUUCGCCGUUCGCGAACCGAAAAUUUUAUGUUCGCGAUAUCACUAGUCAGUGAUGUUUCCGUUUUUUAAUCACAAGUAUCCACUACGCUCCCGUUUCUGUGUUUAUUCUUAGAUGAUCGUACGUCUUAAGAAAGAAAUCCAAGCACUGAAAGAUGAAUUGUCCUUAAUCACUGGAGAACAGAGGACGGAGGAACUGACCCAUGAUGAGAUUCUAAGGUAUUUUUAUAAAAUUAUCUAAAGAAAUUAUUCGUUCACCUAGUGUCGUCCACCUGGGACCUAUGAAAAAACUAGAAAAGUUUGUUUUAAUGUGAGGGGGUGCUUUUUGGCGAUUGUCAUGUAGAAAACCUGUUGGUUUAGAAGACCUGGUUAUGAUUCCUAUCUGCACUACUUACUACAGCUACUGAUCCACAUCUCCUUUCUCAAACCUCUAGACGGGCUCCAUGGAUUUAAUACCUUUUUAGUAAAUACUGUCAGUAGGUCUACUGCACUUGGAUUUUUUGGAGAUUUUCUGUACUGGCUGCCCUUGUCUACAUGUACAAUCAGAGUUUUUUGUAUUCUGUAGACAGUGAUAUACUUUGUCUGGAACUGUACGCGCAAUACCUAUAACGAUGCCAUUGUUUCUCAUGGAUAGAAGGGAGAGGGCUUAAUAAUUAGUCCUAGGAAGCCUUGCUUCUUUAUUUCAUUUACUGUCCACCUGCUAAUGGGUGGGAGCUGUGGGGGGACAAUAGUAAUGGGGGUAGUCCCAUACUAAUUUAAGGCACCCACCGCUAAUGGGUGGGGGCUGGGACACUAGGUACACUGUUUAGUUUUGUAGCCCCCACUUAUGGGGCUGGAGGAGAACGCUAUGUCCUCCCCUGUUAAAUAUUGUAAUGUGGGAUCUGUGCCAGGCAUGUGUGUGUCUGGUCACCCUGUAUUGUAAUUGGGGCAGGGGGACUUUUUUUACAUGCCCGUCCUCACGGCAUAGUAGGGGUAUGAGGAAGAAUGUUUACUAAGUAUUUUUUACUUCGUAUUAGUAAAGUUGGUCUAUCAGCUUUCUAGUAAAUAGCUCCCUAAUACUUGUGGGAUUUAGGAGGCUAUCUUCUAAACAGCUGCAAGAUGCAACCAUGGCACAAUCUUAAUGAUUUCUUAAUGAAAUUACAAACUGAAAAUAAUGCCCAAAUUUAGUUCGAAUACAAAUGGACAAACUGCUGACAUUCUCUUCGGACAAAAUUCUGUCACUUUGGCGGCGCCCUAGUCUAAAUGGCAGGACGUUCAGAAUUGGCGAAAGGAAGCAACGUAAGAACAUGGAGCAAAGUGAAUAUUGUGGGAGAACUGUGUCGGACACAGGAAAUGGAGCAUGUGUCAAAGAAGGUCAAGCUUACGAAAAAUACAUAAGUAAAAGUAGUCCCUGCUAGAGAACUAGAUCAGGAAUAAAAAGACAAACUCUGAAAGUACAUCUUUAAUGAACUGAGAACAGAUUCUGCUUACACUUACACUGCAGUUUCCAAAUCUCUGCUAUAUAUGACAUCUCCGGCAGUUCUGUUACCAGGGUUUUCUUUAUAUAAAUCAACACAAAAUAAUAUCCCAACCAUAAAGGCAAUGAUUUCCACACGAGAACCAAUUCAUUCCCAGAAUUCCUCAGUGCAGAGAUGUAUUCAAUAAAAAAAUAAUGCACCGUAGAUUUAAAAAUAUCAAUACAAUUGUAACGGAUCACCUGGCACCCGGACUGGGUACCUCCGUUGAAAGAUGCUCCUAGCACUUCCUGAGGACUCCAAGCACUGCAGCAGACACCACAACCACCGAACAAGAGAAGCAUACGAAUGCUCUCAAGCAUCUGAAUGAUGUAAGCAGCUGAACAGGAAUAGCAUACAAUCAGCUUACACUCCUGGCAAUCAGCAUACAAUCCAAUUCCCCCAAUAACGAGACGACACUUCGUUUUGAGGUCAAGCAGAACUGACUGUACUGGCACAUACAGCCUCUUUUAUUCCCAAUCCACAAACUUAGUACUGCCAACAGGGUUUUAGAGAACAACCAAUAACACACGUACAUUACAGAAAACACUCCCAGCAAUUAUACACAAAAUCCUCCCCUCUGCCUGUGAUAUAAUUAUGGUACACAAUGGGUUAACAUAAUUAUCACAAGCAGGAAAAAUACAGUUUUUAUACAGGUGCUAUAACUUUAAAAAUAUACGUCCAAUCUUCAUAAAAAUUACAUAUUCAGAAUCCGCAUGCUUGAAAUAUACACAUAUUCAAAAAUCAGGGCAAUCGGUUCAGGGGUUAAAAAGUUAAGGGAAAGUCCUAUUUGACCAAAUGAAGCAUGGUUUUUCUGCCCAAAACCAGAUCCACAGAGUCUUCUAUCCUGGAGAUAAUUGGGAAGUAAUCCAAUUAUCUCCAAGGACAGAGGCAAAACUCCAUUAACCACAUGGCAGUACAAGACAGUAAAAUACAAUAAAAUACACAAGGUUACAUUUAUUACAUAAAAUACAGACAUGCAACAUAUCCCCGGAUAGCUUAGAUCUGAGCGCAAAUUAUUACUGAAUGGCGCUCAGAUCACAUACAUACAAAUCAAUUGCCAUGGAGCCAAAGUCUUUCACCUAGUCUUUCGUUAUACGAAUGGGCUCCAUGGCAUAGCUGUCUGGGGUAACACUGCUUACAUAGGGAAAGUACCAAAUGACCCAGUUUUCGGGUCUUUGCAGGGGAAAAUCCAGCAUUUCAACAUGGGGCCAUAGUCACAGGGCAGGAGGCUGGCAAUCAGUCUUCUCCAAUUGCCAGUGGUGAGGUCGGUUUCGCCACAACAAUAUAUUAACUUUUUUUUAGUGCCACAUGAUUGUGCAAAGUACACAUUUGAUGACAGAGGGAUUUUAAAGGGACCUUGCGCACAAGCCAUGGGCCGUGAGACUAAUCAGAUUGUCUCCACCAGUUUAUACUCGUAUAAAGUAAUGUUUCUUGUUAUAGUUUUCCUGUCCCGGACAGCAUUAGGUCUAAAGGCUGGCCUUUUAUCCACCAUAGUUUUCAAAAAAAUAACUCCUAAACCAACCCCCACACGUUUUGGUUAUGUCCUUAUUGUCUGCCCAUGUUUCAUGUUUAGUCUUUUAGGUUUAGAAAGCUUGUUCUUUGUUUUCCUUCACUUGAAUUCCAAGAGAUAAAAUACUUGUGACGCUGCUAUUUGCUAACGUCCUUAGACGGAGUCUAAGCAGUUUUUAAAGUGUCACUUUACUAGUAGUGAUGUCCCAAAUGGUUCGCCAAACGGUUCGCGAACGGUUCGCCACGAACGGUUCACCGCGGACUCAUCAUUGAGUAAACUUUGACCCUGUACCUCACAGUCAGUAGACACAUUCCAGCUAAUCAGCAGCAGACCCUCCCUCCCAGACCCUCCCACCUCCUGGACAGCUCACUAAGAAUGCAGCUUCACAAUGGAUGCUGUCCAGGAGGUGGAAGGGUCUGGGAGGGAGGGUCUGCUGCUGAUUGGCUGGAAUGUCUCUGCUGACUGUGAGGUACAGGGUCAAAGUUUACUCAAUGAUGAGUCCGUGGCGAACCGUUCGCGAACUGUUCGGCGAACCGUUCGGGACAUCACUAUUUACUAGCCAAAUGAAAAAACAAAACAAACAAUGUUUAGAGCUAUACCCCAAUGAUAAAACACAUGCAUUUUUUUCCAUUGGAGGUGUAUCUAAAAACAGCUUGCAAAAGCUACAGAUCUCUUGUUUGCAGCCUUUGUAAGCCCUCCCCUUCUAAACCCGACCAGACUUUCUGUGGCUGUCCAAUCACAGACUUCCCAAUGCAGCUCAGAGAAAGGUACGUGGAAAGAGUCCUGCACCCUCUAGAAUUCAUACUUUGCAGAAAACAAGCCUCUUAAUCAAAGACCUGCUUACCUAGCAUUCAUACUGCAGGGUAGCACUUUUCAUGCUCUUCCCUUCAAUGUAAAAACAUUAUGUGUCCUGGGAAACUGUGCUGGACCUGGCAGUUCUAACUAUGGAUGUCAAUUUCCCAUUGUACUAAUUCUGCCUCAUACCUUUUACUGUCUGUCCAGGUCUUUUUACAUGUAAUAACGUAGGUUUGAUCUGUAAAUGACUGACCCACUAACCUGAGAUUCCGUUUAACGCGACACAGCUGUUUUAGAUUUUGGUGCAGUUAUAUAACCAGAUAAAAUAGAAGUAUGGUUUCCUUACUGAUACAUUUAAUGCAGAGAAAAUAGAUUUAGCAAUUUCUUGGAAACAUUUGAAGCAAAUAGUUAAGGACUGGUUAAACUGCAUUCCAUUGGGCUACAUAUUAGCAACAAGCCUGGAAUAUUCUAAUAAUUGUAUUUCGAGUUAAAGGAUUCUGCAAGUUAAACUCCGCUUUCAGUUUGUGGUUAUAUCAGUCUUUUGGGGUCAUUUUUGUAUCAUAAAUUGAAUUCUUGACAUAGGUUAUUAUGAUUCAGAUUUAUCUUCCCACUGGAAUUCUGAAACGGGUUUUAUUAAGAACAAAAAAAUAUAAAAAAUGUCAAAUCCUUCAAAUGUACAAAGCAGGAAUGUGUCCUUAUCCCCAUAAACAUUUGUUUAGUGAUAUGUGUAUAUAUUAUUGGAUGUUGGCUUCACACACGCGCCUUUUAACAUUUGACAUUUAAAAAGCGCAAUCUGUGUCCAAAAGCAGCACAUAGCGUUUUGAAUGCUGCCAUUUCAAAGCAAUCAAUCCAUUUAUAUCUCAUCACCUUAAUGUUCAAACCAUAGUUAGCAGCUGUACCCCUUUCUACCUCCCAUCCAAAAAACUGUCCUGUUUGCAAUGGAACUGAUUAACACCAGUAAGUUCCAUUGCUGAUUUUGGCUCCCAUCAUCCUUUACAGCAGUGUGUUAUGGUUUAGUUGCACUUCUGUAACCCAUUUUACAAUAUUUUAUUUUUAAAUCGAGGUAUAGUAAUGUCUUUUGAAUGCUGACCUCUUGCGUAUUCUGGAAGAGGAGUGACUCUAAGCUACUUAGAACACUCUAUAAAAAUUCCCACCACCCGCAAGUAGUCAGUGAACACAAAUUUCGGAAAUCUUGGCUUAAGAUUCAAAGUCAUAAGGGUUUCAUCCAAUCUUAGAAUCUUGGGGUGAAUAGUCAAAGCUUUAAGAACACAAAGUCCCAAGAUUUUGAGUAGUAUUUGCUUUUUAUUUUGUUUGUCUGUUUUAGAGUCCUUCGUGAACGUGAAUUAAUUUUCUCCUAUCUAAAAGCUACAGUUUAGUUUUAUUUUGUUUAUUUUUCUUUCUCUAAAGAUGUAUCUGGGAUAUAGCUCUUUACUAACCCUGUAUACCCCGUAAUUAAAAAAAACCCAGAUACAUUAAAAACGCAUUAUGAUUGUAUUGAUGAUUACGCUGUGUAUUGUUUAUCAGUUGUUUUUAAUUAUGUGAUGUAUAGCUCCUCUUGAAUAUUUAAUGAAAAGAGGAGUUCCUUUCAUGGAAAGAUAAUGUUGGACUGUUUAGGCAAACCGGCACUGUAAAGACUGAUAAACAUGAGCGCAUAUAAGCGCGCUCUGGGUGUCCGUCGCACUAUCUUGAAAAAGAUAUCUUGAAACAUGUUGAAGUGCGAGCGGCAUUAUAAUUCUUGAGCUUGGCAGGAGAGUAGCGGUUUCCAGCUCCGGCGUCCUUCCACGAUCAAAUCAUCGUUCCCCGGCUUGAAUAUCCAGUCAGAACCUGUAUGACAGGAGGCUGGACGUUAAAGUCUUACAAACUACUGUACACCAACGCUUACUUUGUGGUUUUUUGGAAACAAGUACCAAACAAUUUAAAUGUAAUGGUUCACUUUGGGGGAGAGUUUUUUUUUAUUUGCUACAAUAAAUACAGUGUUACACUAUGUGGAUCUCCUUGUAUCCUUUUUAAGGUACUGUGGAUAGUUUUGCGAACACUGCAUUCAAGGAGUGUGGAUCCAACUUUUGUGGUAAUAUUACCCCCCUACAUGAUGGACAUUAUACCAUAUGAUUUAUAUAUUGGAGUAGGACAUGCUGUGUCAUAUAUGCUGCUAAUUCUAUUUAAGUCAUUUAUUUUUACGAAAUUUUUAAGGUGCAUAUGCUGCUUUUCUACUUCAUAGUUUAUAUGUGGAUUACCUGGAUUGUGUAAUAAAGGGUUUAUUCACUUGAGCGCUGACACUUUGAUUAGCAUUGUUUUAUGUGAACAUUUAAAGGAAGUUUCUUAUGUGUAUAGCUGCUUUUUCUUUAUAUAUUUUUUAUUUUGAACCAUUUAUUUUGCACUCUCUUGUUUACUGAUACAUAUCUGGGAUAUAGCUCUUUACUAACCCUGUAUAUCUGGGAUACAGCUAUUUACUAACCCUGUAUAUCUGGGAUAUAGCUCUUUACUAACCCUGUAUAUCUGGGAUAUAGCUAUUUACUAUCCCUGUAUAUCUGGGAUACAGCUCUUUACUAACCCUGUAUAUCUGGGAGACAGCUAUUUACUAACCCUGUAUAUCUGGGAUACAGCUAUUUACUAACCCUGUAUAUCUGGGAUACAGCUAUUUACUAACCCUGUAUACCUGGGAUAUAGCUCUUUACUAACCCUGUAUAUCUGGGAUACAGCUAUUCACUAACCCUGUAUAUAUGGGAUACAGCUAUUUACUAACCCUGUAUAUCUGGGAUAUAGCUAUUCACUAACCCUGUAUAUAUGGGAUACAGCUAUUCACUAACCCUGUAUAUAUGGGAUACAGCUAUUUACUAACCCUGUAUAUCUGGGAUAUAGCUAUUCACUAACCCUGUAUAUAUGGGAUACAGCUAUUCACUAACCCUGUAUAUCUGGGAUAUAGCUAUUUACUAACCCUGUAUAUCUGGGAUAUGGCUCUUUACUAACCCGCAACUGUAUCUGGGAUACAGCUCUUUACUAACCUGUAUGUCUGGGAUACAGCUCUUUACUAACCCUGUAUAUCUGGGAUACAGCUCUUUACUAACCCUGUAUAUCUGGGAUAUAGCUCUUUACUAACCCUGUAUAUCUGGGAUACUGCUCUUUACUAACCCUGUAUAUCUGGGAUACAGCUCUUUACUAACCCUGUAUAUCUGGGAUAUAGCUCCUUACUAACCCGUUAUAUCUGGGAUAUAGCUCCUUACUAACCCUGUAUAUCUGGGAUACAGCUCUUUACUAACCCUGUAUAUCUGGGAUACAGCUCUUUACUAACCCUGUAUAUCUGGGAUAUAGCUCUUUAUUAACCCUGUAUAUCUGGGAUAUAGCUCUUUAUUAACCCUGUAUAUCUGGGAUAUAGCUCCUUACUAACCCUGUAUAUCUGGGAUAGAGCUCUUUAUUAACCCUGUAUAUCUGGGAUGUGGCUCUUUACUAACCAUCUGUAUAUCUGGGAUAUAGCUCUUUACUAACCCUGUAUAUCUGGGAUAUAGCUCUUUACUAACCCUGUAUAUCUGGGAUACAGCUCUUUACUAACCCUGUAUAUCUGGGAUAUAGCUCCUUACUAACCCUGUAUAUCUGGGAUAGAGCUCUUUAUUAACCCUGUAUAUCUGGGAUGUGGCUCUUUACUAACCAUCUGUAUAUCUGGGAUAUAGCUCUUUACUAACCCUGUAUAUCUGGGAUAUAGCUCUUUACUAACCCUGUAUAUCUGAUAUAUAGCUCUACUAACCCUGUAUAUCUGGGAUAUGGCUCUUUACUAACCCUGUAUAUCUGGGAUACAGCUAUUUACUAACCCUGUAUAUCUGGGAUACAGCUAUUUACUAACCCUGUAUAUCUGGGAUACAGCUAUUACUAACCCUGUAUAUCUGGGAUAUAGCUAUUUACUAACCCUGUAUAUCUGGGAUAUAGCUCUUUACUAACCCUGUAUAUCUGGGAUAUAGCUAUUUACUAACCCUGUAUAUCUGGGAUAUAGCUAUUUACUAACCCUGUAUAUCUGGGAUAUGGCUCUUUACUAACCCUGUAUAUCUGGGAUACGGCUAUUUACUAACCCUGUAUAUCUGGGAUAUAGCUAUUUACUAACCCUGUAUAUCUGGGAUACAGCUAUUUACUUACCCUGUAUAUCGGGAUAUAGCUCUGUACUAACCCUGUAUAUCUGGGAUACAGCUAUUUACUAACCCUGUAUAUCUGGGAUAUAGCUCUUUAUUAACCCCUGUACAGGAAGUGCAGAAUUAUUAGGCAAGUUGUAUUUUUGAGGAUUAAUUUUAUUAUUGAACAGCAACCAUGUUCUCAAUGAACCCAAAAAACUCAUUAAUAUCAAAGCUGAAUAUUUUUGGAAGUAGUUUUUAGUUUGUUUUUAGUUUUAGCUAUGUUAGGGGAUAUCUCUGUGUGCAGGUGACUAUUACUGUGCAUAAUUAUUAGGCAACUUAACAAAAAACAAAUAUAUACCCAUUUCAAUUAUUUAUUAUUACCAGUGAAACCAAUAUAACAUCUCAACAUUCACAAAUAUACAUUUCUGACAUUCAAAAACAAAACAAAAACAAAUCAGUGACCAAUAUAGCCACCUUUCUUUGCAAGGACACUCAAAAAGCCUGCCAUCCAUGGAUUCUGUCAGUGUUUUGAUCUGUUCACCAUCAACAUUGCGUGCAGCAGCAACCACAACCUCCCAGACACUGUUCAGAGAGGUGUACUGUUUUCCCUCCUUGUAAAUCUCACAUUUGAUGAUGGACCACAGGUUCUCAAUGGGGUUCAGAUCAGGUGAACAAGGAGGCCAUGUCAUUAGAUUUUCUUAUUUUAUACCCUUUCUUGCCAGCCCCGCUGUGGAGUACUUGGACGCGUGUGAUGGAGCAUUGUCCUGCAUGAAAAUCAUGUUUUUCUUGAAGGAUACAGACUUCUUCCUGUACCACUGCUUGAAGAAGGUGUCUUCCAGGAACUGGCAGUAGGACUGGGAGUUGAGCUUGACUCCAUCCUCAACCCGAAAAGGCCCCACAAGCUCAUCUUUGAUGAUACCAGCCCAAACCGGUACUCCACCUCCACCUUGCUGGCGUCUGAGUCGGACUGGAGCUCUCUGCCCUUUACCAAUCCAGCCACGGGCCCAUCCAUCUGGCCCAUCAAGACUCACUCUCAUUUCAUCAGUCCAUAAAACCUUAGAAAAAUCAGUCUUGAGAUAUUUCUUGGCCCAGUCUUGGCGUUUCAGCUUGUGUGUCUUGUUCAGUGGUGGUCGUCUUUCAGCCUUUCUUACCUUUGCCAUGUCUCUGAGUAUUGCACACCUUGUGCUUUUGGGCACUCAGUGAUGUUGCAGCUCUGAAAUAUGGCCAAACUGGUGGCAAGUGGCAUCGUGGCAGCUGCACGCUUGACUUUUCUCAGUUCAUGGGCAGUUAUUUUGCGCCUUGGUUUUUCCACACGCUUCUUGCGACCCUGUUGACUAUUUGAAUGAAACGCUUGAUUGUUCGAUGAUCACGCUUCAGAAGCUUUGCAAUUUUAAGAGUACUGCAUCCCUCUGCAAGAUAUCUCACUAUUUUUGACUUUUCUGAGCCUGUCAAGUCCUUCUUUUGACCCAUUUUGCCAAAGGAAAGGAAGUUGCCUAAUAAUUAUGCACACCUGAUAUAGGGUGUUGAUAUCAUUAGGCCACACCCCUUCUCAUUACAGAGAUGCACAUCACCUAAUAUGCUUAAUUGGUAGUAGGCUUUCGAGCCUAUACAGCUUGGAGUAAGACAACAUGCAUAAAGAGGAUGAUGUGGUCAAAAUACUCAUUUGCCUAAUAAUUCUGCACUCCCUGUAUAUCUGGGAUACAGCGCCUUACUAACCCUGUAUAUCUGGGAUAUAGCUCUUUAUUAACCAUGUAUAUCUGGGAUACAGCUCUUUAUUAACCCUGUAUAUCUGGGAUGUGGCUCUUUACUAACCAUCUGUAUAUCUGGGAUAUAGCUCUUUACUAACCCUGUAUAUCUGGGAUACAGCUCUUUAUUAACCCUGUAUAUCUGGGAUAUAGCUCUUUAUUAACCCUGUAUAUCUGGGAUAUAGCUCUUUACUAACCCUGUAUAUCUGGGAUACAGCUAUUUACUAACCCUGUAUAUCUGGGAUACAGCUAUUUACUAACCCUGUAUAUCUGGGAUAUAGCUCUUUAUUAACCCUGUAUAUCUGGGAUACAGCUCUUUACUAACCCUGUAUAUCUGGGAUACAGCUAUUUACUAACCCUGUAUAUCUGGGAUACAGCUAUUUACUAACCCUGUAUAUCUGGGAUAUAGCUCUUUAUUAACCCUGUAUAUCUGGGAUAUAGUGCUGCUCUUUACGAACCUUUUUCGAUCCAUUUGGCAAACUAUUUCAUCUAUAUAUUGAUUGUGCUGUUCAAAUAAUGAACGAUAGUAUAGCUCUCAAAUAUAACACCUAAUUUCUUUAUAUAACAACACUUUGUGGUACAAGGGGCUAAACAUCCUGUGUGUGGCACAGACAAAUUGCAAUGUCCCCUGAUGCAGUUCUGGAAGCAGCCAUGUUUUUUGAAGCUGAAAUUACAUUUGAAAAUCAUUAUUCCCAUUCUGUAAAACGUCAGCUAUCCAGAAGUUGUCAUUAAUGGUGGGGAAUGGCACUAUAAUAAGGAAAAAUAUAACUGCUGCCAAAAACCACGUUCUCUAUCUACUGCAACUGGUAUCCCCAUAGUCAGGAAAAUCUUUUAAAACACAUUAUAAGUUUGUUUUAAAUUCUGUCUCUUUAAUAUUUGAAUAAAAAUGUAAAGAUUGACACAACCAUAUCAGUGUAAAAAUAGCUUCUAACUCUACACUUAGAGCAUCACCGUGCCCACCAGCCUGUCAAUGGUCUACCAGGCAUCUUUCAGUGGGUUACAGUGUCUCCCUGUUACCGUGGCGAAAGACCCUUGUUAAUCAGGGUUCCUGUUAUAAAUGUGUUAAAGUGGAGUGGGAGAUUGUCACCCACUGACAGAUGUUUGCGGGUCGGAGAUACAGACUGGCCUGGGAAUUUGUGGACACUGUCAGCGUAAAGAUACACAUUACUAUCACGUUCUAUGACUAGGACAAUCCGCAGGCUUCCCACUGGAAAAUGGAGACCACCUGGCAAUGGGAAAAAUGUCUUGUAUUAUUUCAUUUUCACCUGAAGUCACGUGCAAUCUUUUUUCUUUUUUUUUCCUUUCAGUCUUGUCAAAGAUUGAAAAGGUAGAACUUUUUGUCUUGUGUCUCUAAGUUACUUAAAACCAAACGCAGGGUGUGCAUCGUCUGACAACAGGGCACCUGGUCAUCCUUGCCUACUCACGCACAACCCAGGUACUAAUGCAUGCAUGUCAAGGACCGCAGGUUACUCAGAAUUUGGUUUCUUAAGGCAGUUCAGCCCUCUCCCCCUCCCCAUCUAAGAGGCGGGACGUGUCUCAAGUUCCUCAAGGAAGUCUUUGCAAGUUUAUCUGAGAAGUUUGUGCAUCUGUCAGAGGCGGGAGUCCCUAGCAGCCCAGGUGUCAGCGUCUGGAGUUGUAGGAUCACGACAUAGUAAGUAAAUGGAGGGUACGGAUGAUGAUAGGGGGGAAGCGUGGGGGUGUGUGAUCUCCAAUACAUGCAUUCUGUGUCUCUUUCUUUACCAUUCAGAUGUGUAAAAGCAUCUGGCAAACAUUUCAUUUAUUUAAUCGCACAAAAAUUAAGCAGUUGGUUCUGGAUAUUAUUAUUUGCUAGAUAAUACCAACUCAUUCUGUAGCAAGGUACAAUGCUAAGAGAGACGCAUAAAUCAGAGUAUAUAAUUUAUUAUAAUGCAUUUUUAUCUGUGAAAUAUUUAUUAUAGCAUCAACAUAUUACCUAGUGCUUUGUAAGGCUGGCAGCCAGAUUAUACAAAUUUAUUGAAAUGCACAAAGUGUAUUAUUAUUAUUUUUGUGCCCGCUGUGGGGUAAUGUGUCUGUUGCGUACAUACAUGGGGUUCACAUGGGUGCCCAUGUAGAAUUAGAUCAAACAGGGGUACAAAAUUCUACCCAUCUCAGCAGUUAUUAUAUCCUCCUCCUCUCUCUCUCUCUCUCUCUCUCUCUCUAUCUGUCCUGUCUCUCCCCUCAUUAUACAGCCUUUCUGAAGCUUGCAGAGUUCAUUGCUCAGUGUGAGACAUAUAGUAUUGGUUUUCAGUCUGCUCUUUGUAGCAGUUUAACCGUUUCUGUGUGCAGUGUGAAACUUGGCAUUGUUAACUUCCACGAAACGCUCUUCUCUUUGCCUGUUCCAAACUCUCUCUCUGCCUCUGUGUUUCCGUCUCUCAUCUGUCUCCCCUUUUUUUCUCUCUGUCUCUCUCACUCAUUUGUCAGUGAAUUUCUGGAUGUCUCGGUUUACGCUGUCUGAUACAGUCUCACUCUGUAACCCAGAGCCUGGGUUUUCCUGUUGAGGCAUGCAGAGAGGAAUUUUAAGGAUCUCAUACUAUCAGCGCACUCCAAUCAUUGUAUGACUUUUGGGAAAGGAUUUAGCAAGCUCUGAUCCUUUAGCUGUCACUGGGUUCAAAAUUUAAAAAGGGAAAAACAAACCACAGUAUUAGAACCAGUAUGAUUGGCUUGUCCCUCCCAGAUUUAAUCUUUGCUUUUCUACAGUAAAGCUCUGGUGACCCUUGUCCUAUCUGUUAGUCAUGUUUUAGCAAAGUGCGCUUUUCAAAUAUUUUUCCGCGUUUAAAGCCUUUAUGACAGACAGCAUGCCGGAACAUGCCAGCCCUGCAGAGAGACCAUUCCAUGCAUUCACUACUCUGUACAAUUGUCUAUAAUGUCUCCCUUACUUUGAAAUUUAUUCCACAUUGUGAUUUUCAUUUUUUUCAAUUCUUCUGACUGCAAGGGGGUGAGUGACUCAUUGUGUGUUUGAAAAUCAAAUUUAUCCUUUUUUUGUCUCCUCUUUUAAAGUGGAACUUAUAGUAAGGGUAUUUUUCAGUCUUGCGUGUUUGGUUAAUAAAACCACACUCUGACAUCACAACUACCUUCAGAAAAUGGCAGAUCGGCCCUUUCGUGCAAAUAUACUUCAAUUUUCCAUGAUGCAAUUAAUUUUUUACAGUCUGCGAGUUUUACUAAUUUUCCCGGAUUUGUAAAGCCAGGUUGGUUCUUUAGACCUUAAAUUUGAAAAUCUCACUUUAGUGAUUAACCCUGUCAGAAGAUAGUUGUGAUGCCCGAUAGCGCAGUUUGAGUAAUAAAAAUUUGUAUAUAUAUUGUAUUGAUAUAUUAUCUUUACUCAAACUGCACACACACACAAACACACACACACACAUAUACACGUAUGUGUAUGUAUGAGUAUGAAUAUGGAAAUGUAUAUAUAAGCAAUAAUAGCUACUUUUAUAUUUUUUUUUAUUUCACAAAUGCUUGUAUCGAAGACAUGAUUUCCACUUGGGGUCUUACAUGUGGACAGACAGGCAGUGAUAUAAGACAGGACAGGAGAGGAGAUGUGAUGAGGUGUACUAUGUUUGUUCGGAGAGUACAUGGUAUGGACUGAUACAGCCUGUGAGAGAUCUAUACCAGAGACAGACAUAACAUUAUUUAUCAAUGGUCUGGCUCCAGAUACGCUCUGUGUCUGAUACUUUAUAACCUUACCAGGUUCAUUAGCCUGCCAUCGGCCAGUGCUAGGUUUCUGGCACCCAUUGAAAAGACUGAAGCUGGCCUUUUAAAAUCUCUGUUAUACUGCAUUAUUUUAUUAGCAAUGUAUACCUAGUAUCAUAUAGAGUGAAUGGUAUUCAAUGUAAAGGGGGUAUGGUUUAACAAGUGUGCUUCUAUUUGAUAUGAAACUUCUUCAAAUCCUUUACUCUAGAAAGUCUAAACUAGGGUGCCCAAAAAGGACCCACAAAUGUUUUAAAAUUAAAACUUCCAUGAUGAUUUGUCAUUCUAAAGAUAUUCUAAAGGGAUGCAAAGCAUCACGGGAAUUGUAGUUCUACAACAUCUGGGGAUCAGGGCCGGUGCAUCCUAUAGGCAGAUUAGGUGGCCGCCUAGGGCGCUUCUUAAAUGGGGGCGACGGCAGCAGCCUUACUGCUGAUAAGGGCCGCCCCCUCUAUGUUGGGCACAUUCUGCAUUGCGUGUUGCAGGUCGUGGCACCGGGCGCUAAGGAGCACUUACAUAGGGGCACACUAGCGCCUGGUGCCGUCAACUGUCACUGUGUGUGUGUCAGUCUACAUCAGUCAGUGUGUGUGUAUGCUUGGGACAGUGUGUGUUUGUGUAUAUGUCAGUCUACAUACGUCAGUGUAUGUCUGCUUAAGUCAGUGUGUGUGUGUUUGUGUCACUCUGCAUGAGUCAGUGAAUUUAUGUGUGCAUUGGUCACCGAUUGUGAUUGUGUGGACCAUUGAGUUUGAGUGAGUGUGAGUCUCUGUGUGUGUUUUUGUGUGUGUUCCACCUUCUGGGCACCCCUGGUCUAAGCUUUUACUGAUUCCACUGGAAAGCUGUUCUAUGUAUCUACUACCUGUUUUAUAUCAAUGUUAGCCCUUACUGCCUCCACCUGGGAGGCAAUGCCAGGUAUCUACUUCCCUUUCUAUAUCACAGUUGGCCUUUACCUCUCUAAUUGGAAGGCUACUCCAGGGAUCCACUACUCUUUCUAUAGGGUAAGAUGUCUAUUAUUCUGCCAGGGAAUAUUGCAUGUUGUGGACCCCAUAUUGUUGGCCAUGCCUGUCUGCAAUGUAAAUAAUAUAUUUAUUGUGAGAAUUCUAGUGGUACACAUAAGGAAAUAUUGUAGCUUGUAGGGAGUCCAAAUGAAACGCUGACCACUAACUUAAUAACUAACACUUCCUUAUGACACUGGCCUCCAGCUUCCCUUCCCAUGGCUUGCAAGGCGACUAUGUCUUUUAUUUAGCUGGGGCAGACUGGGUCAUUCAGAGCCAACUGAGUGGAAUUGUCUCUUUGAUGGGUUGGGAGAAUAUUGGGUAUUACUCCUAGACGGCUAACAGGCACGUUGGCAAAUAUAUUUUAAUAAGUAUGUAAUCUAUGUAUCGGGCACAUCGGCAGGUCCCAAUAAUUGAAUUGGUGAGAUUUUACGUAAUAGCAGAUGAACGAUGAUGUUUAUUCGUUAGCGCACAGUGUUAUUACAGCUAUGCUCAUUCCGCCACGUGUUUAAAUAUACAAUGUAAGUCCGGCUUGUCUAAGAACACUGUAAACUGUAAUAUUUAAGGGCCUUGCUUAGAGUGAUGGGAUGUGCAGUCCACAGAAUCUGCAGUGCCCAGCUGGCUAUAAAGCCAUCACCUAAAGGAGCAGGAUUCCAUCUGAGAGCACAGUGCUGUACUUAGGUGUGUUCGGUGCUGUGACUGCUAGCUCAGAGCUAGUCCCUGUUACACAGCCCUUCCCUACCUUUUGUGUUUAUACAAUGGGCAGGUAUGACACGGUGACUGUGAAAUCCAUCCUCACCGUUCAGCCCACACCUUCCCCACAUUUGUUUAUACACAGUCACGGUGUCCCUGUUGAUAUGCACGUCAUGCGAUUUUGCAAAACUCUGGACACACUCUUGACAUCAGUGAUGUGUACCCUGGCGACCAGUAUACUCCACUCAACCAAGCGAUGUUUCAUGUAAAACGAACAGCCCAGGAAUGAAACCGUAUAAGAAUAAUCCAUAGAGACAAUGCAUCGUUCUAAAUUUUCACACCUAUUGUUCCCCUGCCACCUGCAGGAUGCUCUGUAGACCAACAGACAGAGCCCUUUGUGAACUUUUUCAGUGCAAGUUUGGACAUAUAAGUACAUCAGAAAAGGUUAAACUCACAUUUAUAUUCAUAUUUUCAUUUAUCAUUAAUGUCCUUAUCAUUUAAACAUUUGCCUCACUUUCACCUAAAUACAUUAUCCCGUGUCCAAUACAAAGGGGAAUUUUGCCUCUCUAUAAGGUACUGUUUAUAUAUGGAGUCUUCUCGAACCAGCUGAGACAAAGAUUUAUAAAUGCACAGUCAGCCAAUCGUCACUAGUGAUGUAACCCGUCGGCCUGUGGACAAUUCGUAUUCAGAUAGCCUGCCUGCGUUGCUGCCUCUGUCCUGUAGACACGUUAGAAGGCUGACAGAGGUUCAGACAAAAAUGCAGAACAUAAGGAAAACCUCAGUCUGCGAAAUCAAAACCAAAAUCCCAUGAAAAUUUAUAAGGGACUGUCUUAUAGAAGAGGCUUUUAUCUAAACAAUGCAUUGUCAGUGCCAGUUUUGAUGGCUCGCCAGGUCUGUGCGUGUUUGUAUACGACACAUACAUCACGGUCUCUGUUUAUCCUGCUUCCCAAACAGAAGUAAUCCUGGUGAUGAGUCACGUUUGUUUAGUAACCGUGUCGUUCUCCCAGAGGAAGAUAUAUUAAUUAUAAAAAAGUUAAUUAACUUUCUCCUCUAACGCAGUCAUUACUGGACGACUUGGCCCAGCCACAAAGAGGUUAAUGUGAUAGCUGCCAACAACUUGGUAGUUCUGCAAAUAACCACCUCAUUGCCUUACAAACCCAUUAAACACAAAUCAAGGUGAUGGAUGGCUAAUGGAGAUCUAACUAGGAAUGUUCUAUUACAACAGGUCACAUCUAGUAUGGGGUCACUGGCUGCAUGCUUAAUGCUUGUACAACCAAUUUGUGCCUGCACAGUGUUCAUUAACCCCUUCUACAAGGGCUGGAUAGCAGAUAUUUAAUGAGAUGGAGGGGAGAGCAGAGAAUGUUCCGUAUCGACAAACAGAUUCUAGCCAACUGGUCACCACCUUACGGCACGCAAUUUCACCAGGCCCGAAAUACAAGACUACAGAGAAAAAUCUGCCCACCUUUAAACAUGUAAAAGUAUUUCCUGAUAAUGGGAAAAACAGUUUGACAUUGAUUGACAACAGUGAUGUUGAAGAAAUUCUACUGUAGCAGCUUGACAAAUUGUCCUGUCAUGUCUUAUGGUCAAACCAACUUCCCCUAGUGACCCAGAUAAGAGCAAUCUCUCCUAAUCUCUAGCGCUGUUAUCGCCACUCAGUGAGGGCUCGUGUUGGAAGAGCAGAUCAAGAAAACCAUCAUGUUGACAAUGUAGGGUAUUUAUAUAACAUUUGAGGUCCAUAGUUGUUGGCUCUCUAAUACAUUGAAGAUCACGCCAUAUCGGUGUCACAUCAACGUAUCACUCAACACCUGGUGCGUUUGGUCCCAAGAGUGUUUUCCGAUGGGGAAGCCUUUAGUUGGACUGGCUUCAGAUUAAAUGCUGGCGUUACUAGAUCUGCAGCUCUUUAUUCAGAGAAGUAUGACAAGAUAGCAUCAGUUAUGUGAGAAGGAAUUGCAUUGUCACUCGCUGACAUCUACCAUGCAUCAUAUAAACUACAAGCCAGUAUUGGCCUACACCUGCCCGGUACAGUUAAUCAUUGGAAUAGGAAGGGUGGCAGGGUGAUUAAGUGCUCCAUUUAUUGUCCUGGACGCUGGUGCAGAUACUGCGUGUUGUGACAGAGCUGGAAGGUACACUGUUAAUAUGACGAUGGUCAAAUGUAGAUCAAAAGAACCUGCAGUUUAUUUGCUAAUCCUGAAAUAUAGCUCUAAUCACUCCGAGACAGCAGACGGAUAAAAGAAACAAUUUGUAAUCGAAGCUCCUACCAGCAGCCCUUCCACUAAACCUUUGAGACUAUAAGCUCUUUCGAGCAGGACUUUUGCAACUUCUUCUUCUUCUUGUUGACUGUACGCCCGUUGUAUAGCACUGCAGCAUUAUGAUGUCUGUUUAUAUCAAUAUUUGCAAGAAGCUUUGUACAGGAAAGAGUCCAAAGACCUUCGCUUUCUACUUGGCUGUGAAGAUUUGCCAGAAUUUCUGCCUGCCCGGUUUAUUUGUCAUCAAAUUCCAUGGUAACACAUCUUAUUAGCAGAGUUUGGGAAGGCCUCCUGUGUUUAACUGAUCGAGGGAAGCACACAGUACAGUUGCCAUUUUACCCUUGGACAUGUUAGUACCUUAGAAAUAAAUAAAUAAUGGGCUAGAGAAAAUGAGUGUGUAUUCGAUAGUAACGUGGUUCAGCUGCGAGGAGGAUAAUUGAUAUAUAGUUUUGUUUUCUCCAGUGCGGUUUGGCCUGUACUAUUACCAUGAGGCCACGUGUGCAACAUAAUUCUUCACCAUUAUUGAGAACUGAUUUACAUACGGUGACACAAUGAUGUAAUCUAAAGCAGACACUUAAAACCUAAUUUCCCUUGAUCAACAUGUUUUAAACCCAGCCUGAACAGCAUGACCGCCAUUUUACAUGUGCGUCGUGCACGCGGUAACAGUAUUUAAAUGACAGCGUUCCUUUAAUAUGAUAUAAAGGAACACGUAGUCUAAAAAUCUAGAAGAGAAUGCUGGGAGUUGUAGUCUGUAGACCGCUGUUGCAUUGAUGUUAAAAAUGCAUUGUCUGUUCCUCUUGUGAACUUCCUUUUACGGUAGCUCAGACGCUUCCUUGCUACAGGACGUAAAAUAAUUCAUUGUAAAUUAUAGUCUAUUAUUACAGCCAAAACCCAGCUUAGAAAUGUGAUCUAGAAUUCUUCACAAUGGCCUCCUCUACCUGAUAACACAAUAAGUGAGAUUCCUUCCCCUGCUAGCUACUUACACUAAUUGUAAUGUGUCUGACAUAGCUUGUUGUUUGAAGAGGGUUUUUUUUUUCUCUGCUCUAAUUAAACAGGAAAUAUUUCCUGCACGUGAAUUACAGAAGAUUGUCUUGUCUGGUUAGAGCUUCCUUUAAAUAUCUUGCUGAAAAGCUGCAGAUUACAACAGGGAGGGGUAGGACUGCGGUAUCUUCUAUAUCGUUUUUACGGUUUUAUUUUCUCUCCUCCAGUGUGAUUUGUGGCAGUCCACCCAUCCUCUUUUAUAUAAACCACAAGAACAUAUCAAAAAUGUUUUUUUUUAUAAGUGUCGCGUGUAGGCAAGAGUUAUUUCCAGUUGCAGAAGAGAGAAGUACCGUCUUAGAAAGCGCAGUGGGUGGAGAAGUAAUGGGCUAAACAAAUAGUGUUACGGUUAAUAAUUCCAGAUCUGUUUCUGACUAUACCAGACACCUCUUUAAAAUUCACUAUAGAAAAUAUAGGGAAGUACCUAUAUUUCCCCAAAAUAAUACCAUAAACUUUAUUCUUAUUGUAUAGGAGAGUACUGUGCAAACAACAUAGAAAGAGGUGAAGCUCACACGGUGACUAUAGUUACCUCCUGCUGUAUAAUAAAAUACCUGUAUAAUAAAAAUGUUAUAGUACAGUAUGUCAAAGUGAAACUUUAAAAGGAGAGGUUAUUGUAACACACAAUAUAUAGAGCCUAUUAUAAGUCGGCUCCAACCGUGGAGGCAUCAAAUAAAAAUUUGUAAAUAAACGCGCUUCAGUUGUUUAGGUCCCGAGAGAGAUGCUUUUUUCUUCAUCAGGAGGGAUGAUCAGAAACCUAAGUAAUUAAAAGAGCACUGUAGGGUCAGGAACACAAACAUGUAUUCCAGACCCUACAGCGUUAUAACCACCAUCUAGCCCCACUGGCCCCCUAAAUAUAGUAAAAUCUUACUUUUAUUCCAGUCUGCUGCUGGCUCUGCCCUUGAUCUGUCUGCUUGGCUGACAUCAUUAGAAGUUAUGAUCUGAGUCAAUUACAAUGCUUUCCCAUAGCAAGCAUUGGGUUGGCUGAGAUUGUCAAGGAGGCAUAUCAGUGGCAGAGCCAGCACAAGCUAAACAGCCCUGUCCAAUCAGCAUCUCCUCAUAGAGAUUAAUUGAACCAAUGCAUCUCUAUGAGGGAAGUCCAUUGUCUACAUGCAGAAGGUGGAGACACUGAAUGUCUGUUGCAUUUGCCCCAGGAAGUACCUCCAGCAGCUAUCUGAGGAGUGACCAAUGGAGGUGUCCCUAGGCUGUAAUGUAAACAAUGCCUUUUGUCUGAAAAAGCAGUGUUUACUGCAAAUAGCCUGAAGGGGCUGACUAUACUCGCCAGAACAAAUUCAAUAAGCUGUAGUUAUUCUAGUGACUAUUGUGUCCCUUUAAUCAAAAUAAGCUUUAUAAGUGUAUACAAAUAAAAUCAAAUAGCAUCAAAGGAAAUAGCACAAUGUAUUUUGACUGGUGCACAGCCUUCCCAGGUGCUUAAUUGCAAAAUAUUGUAAGUCCCGCCCUUCCCUUAAAUGGAAAUUGGAAAUAUGCCAAUUAUAAAAUGGUGGGCACGUCGAAAAGCAUUUUGCUAUUUCUUUUGCCACUAUUUUUUGAUAGUAUGGGAGAAUACUGUAACCUGUGUUACAAUAGUAUAGAAGACUACCAAAAGCUUCAUUCCUGUAAUAUCGGAGAGUCCCCAACCUUUAUUCCUAUAGUAUAGGAGAUUACUGGAACCUUUAUUCCUAUAGUAUUGGAGAGUACCGGUACCUUUAUUCCUAUAGUAUUGGAGAGUACCGGUACCUUUAUUCCUAUAGUACAGUCGAGUACCGGAACCUUUAUUCCUAUAGUAUAGGAGAGUACCGGAACCUUUAUUCCUAUAGUAUAGGAGAGUACCGGCACCUUUAUUCCUAUAGUACAGGAGAGUACCAGAACCUUUAAAACACCCUAUGCUAUAGAAGAGUGUCUACAGUACAGGAGAGUACCGGAAAUUUCUAUAGUACAGGAGAGUACUUAAUUCCUAUAGUAUAGGAGAGUAGCGGAACCUUUAUUCCUAUAGUAUAGGAGGGUACCGGAACCUUUAUUCCUAUAGUACAGGAGAGUACCGGAACCUUCAUUCCUAUAGUAUAGGAGAGUACCGGAACCUUUACUACUAUAAUAUUGGAGAGUACCAGAACCUUUAUUACUAUAGUACAGGAGAGUACUGGAACCUUUAUUCCUAUAGUAUAGGAGAGUACCGGAACCUUUAUUGAUAUAGUAUAGGAGAGUACCGGAACCUUUAUUGAUAUAGUAUAGGAGAGUACUGGAACCUUUAUUGAUAUAGUAUAGGAGAGUACCGGAACCUUUAUUCCUAUAGUAUAGGAGAGUACUGGAACCUUUAUUCCUAUAGUAUAGGAGAGUACCGGAACCUUUAUUCCUAUAGUACAGGAGAGUACCGGAACCUUUAUUUCUAUAGUAUAGGAGAGUACCGGAACCUUUAUUCCUAUAGUAUAGGAGAGUACUGGAACCUUUAUUGAUAUAGUAUAGGAGAGUACCGGAACCUUUAUUCCUAUAGUAUAGGAGAGUACUGGAACCUUUAUUCCUAUAGUAUAGGAGAGUACCGGAACCUUUAUUCCUAUAGUACAGGAGAGUACCGGAACCUUUAUUGCUAUAGUAUAGGAAGUACGGAAGAUUUAUUCCUACUACAGAAGUAGAACCUUAUAGAAGAGUACCGGAAACUUUAUUCUAUAGUAUAGGAGAGUACUGGAACCUUUAUUCUAAGUACAGAGAUUACUGGAACCUUUAUUCCUAUAUAUAGGUAUUGGAACCUUAUUCCUAUAGUACAGGAGAGUACAGACUUAACAUUGAUAUAAUAUUGGAAAUGCGGAACCUUUAUUGCUAUAGUAUAAGGAGAGUACGGAAGCUUAUUCCUAUACUACAGGAGAGUACCAGACUUCUAUAGUAUAGGAGAACCUUUAUUCCCUAUAGUAUAGAUGCGAACCUUUAUUUCUAUAGUAUAGGAGAGUACCGGAACCUUUAUUCCUAUAGUAUAGGAGCGUACCGGAACCUUUAUUCCUAUAGUAUAGGAGAGUACUGGAACCUUUAUUCCUAUACUACAGGAGAGUACCAGAACCUUUAUUCCUAUAGUAUAGGAGAGUACUGGAACCUUUAUUGCUAUAGUAUAAGGGAGUACCGGAACCUUUAUUACUAUAGUACAGGAGAGUACCGGAACCUUUAUUCCUAUAGUAUAAGAGAGUACCGGAACCUUUAUUACUAUAGUACAGGAGAGUACUGGAACCUUUAUUCCUAUGGUAUAGGAGAGUACCAGAACCUUUAUUUCUAUAGUAUAGGAGAGUACCGGAACCUUUAUUUCUAUAGUAUAAGGAGAGUACUAGAACCUUUAUUGAUAUAGUAUAGGAGAGUACGAACCUUUAUUCCUAGGCACUGGAAGUACUGGAACCUUUAUUCUAUAGUAUAGGAAGUACGAACACUUUAUUCCUAAGUACGGAGAGUACGGAACCUUUAUUUAUAGUACUCAGGAGAAGUACAGACACCAUAUGGCUGGGAGAGUACAGAACCUUUAUUUCUAUAGUAUAGGAAGUACGAAGAAUUUAUUCUAUAUACUACAGGAGAGUACAGAACCUUUAUAGAAAGUAAGACUUAUUUAUUACUAUAGUAAAGGAGAGUACCGGAACCUUUAUUCCUAUAGUAUAGGAGAGUACCGGAACCUUUAUUCCUAUAGUAUAGGAGAGUACUGGAACCUUUAUUCCUAUACUACAGGAGAGUAGCAGAACCUUUAUUACUAUAAUAUAGGAGAGUACUGGAACCUUUAUUCCCAUAGUAUAGGAGAGUACCGGAACCUUUAUUCCUAUAGUAAAGGAGAGUACCGGAACCUUUAUUCCUAUAGUACAGGAGAGUACUGCAACCUUUAUUCCUAUAGUAUAGGAGAGUACCGGAACCUUUAUUCCUAUACUAUAGGAGAGUACCGGAACCUUUAUUCCUAUAGUACAGGAGAGUACCGGAACCUUUAUUGCUAUAGUAUAGGAGAGUACCGGAACCUUUAUUACUAUAGUACAGGAGAGUACCGGAAUCUUUAUUUCUAUAGUAUAGGAGAGUACCGGAACCUUUAUUGAUAUAAUAUUGGAGAGUACCGGAACCUUUAUUGAUAUAAUAUUGGAGAGUACCGGAACCUUUAUUGAUAUAAUAUUGGAGAGUACCGGAAGCUUUAUUUCUAUAGUAUAGGAGAGUACCGGAUCCUUUAUUCCUAUAGUACAGGAGAGCACCGGAACCUUUAUUCCUAUAGUAUAGGAGAGUAGCGGAACCUUUAUUCCUAUAGUAUAGGAGAGUACCGGAACCUUUAUUCCUAUAGUAUAGGAGAGUACUGGAACCUUUAUUCCUAUAGUAUAGGAGAGUACUGGAACCUUUAUUCCUAUAGUACAGGAGAGUACCAGAACCUUUAUUUCUAUAGUAUAGGAGAGUACCGGAAGAUUUAUUCCUAUACUACAGGAGAGUACCAGAACCUUUAUAGAAGAGUACCGGAACCUUUAUUCCUAUAGUAUAGGAGUGUACUGGAACCUUUAUUCCUAUAGUAUAGGAGAGUACCAGAACCUUUAUUUCUAUAGUAUAGGAGAGUACCGGAACCUUUAUUGAUAUAAUAUUGGAGAGUACCGGAACCUUUAUUGAUAUAAUAUUGGAGAGUACCGGAAGCUUUAUUUCUAUAGUAUAGGAGAGUACCGGAACCUUUAUUCCUAUAGUACAGGAGAGUACCGGAACCUUUAUUCCUAUAGUAUAGGAGAGUACUGGAACCUUUAUUCCUAUACUACAGGAGAGUAGCAGAACCUUUAUUACUAUAAUAUAGGAGAGUACCGGAACCUUUAUUUCUAUAGUAUAGGAGAGUACCGGAACCUUUAUUCCUAUAGUACAGGAGAGUAGUGGAACCUUUAUUCCUAUAGUAUAGGAGAGUAGCGGAACCUUUAUUCCUAUAGUAUAGGAGAGUACCGGAACCUUUAUUACUAUAGUAAAGGAGAGUACCGGAACCUUUAUUUCUAUAGUAUAGGAGAGUACCGGAACCUUUAUUGAUAUAAUAUUGGAGAGUACCAGAACCUUUAUUGAUAUAAUAUUGGAGAGUACCGGAAGCUUUAUUUCUAUAGUAUAGGAGAGUACCGGAACCUUUAUUGAUAUAGUAUAGGAGAGUAGCGGAACCUUUAUUCCUAUAGUAUAGGAGAGUACCGGAACCUUUAUUCCUAUAGUAUAGGAGAGUACUGGAACCUUUAUUCCUAUAGUAUAGGAGAGUACUGGAACCUUUAUUCCUAUAGUACAGGAGAGUACCAGAACCUUUAUUUCUAUAGUAUAGGAGAGUACCGGAAGAUUUAUUCCUAUACUACAGGAGAGUACCAGAACCUUUAUAGAAGAGUACCGGAACCUUUAUUCCUAUAGUAUAGGAGUGUACUGGAACCUUUAUUCCUAUAGUAUAGGAGAGUACCAGAACCUUUAUUUCUAUAGUAUAGGAGAGUACCGGAACCUUUAUUGAUAUAAUAUUGGAGAGUACCGGAACCUUUAUUGAUAUAAUAUUGGAGAGUACCGGAAGCUUUAUUUCUAUAGUAUAGGAGAGUACCGGAACCUUUAUUCCUAUAGUACAGGAGAGUACCGGAACCUUUAUUCCUAUAGUAUAGGAGAGUACUGGAACCUUUAUUCCUAUACUACAGGAGAGUAGCAGAACCUUUAUUACUAUAAUAUAGGAGAGUACUGGAACCUUUAUUCCUAUAGUAUAGGAGAGUACCGGAACCUUUAUUCCUAUAGUGUAGGAGAGUACCGGAACCUUUAUUCAUAUAAUAUAGGAGAGUACUGGAACCUUUAUUCCUAUAGUAUAGGAGAGUACCGGAACCUUUAUUGCUAUAGUAUAGGAGAGUACCGGAACCUUUAUUACUAUAGUAAAGGAGAGUACCGGAACCUUUAUUUCUAUAGUAUAGGAGAGUACCGGAACCUUUAUUGAUAUAAUAUUGGAGAGUACCAGAACCUUUAUUGAUAUAAUAUUGGAGAGUACCGGAAGCUUUAUUUCUAUAGUAUAGGAGAGUACCGGAACCUUUAUUGAUAUAGUAUAGGAGAGUACCGGAACCUUUAUUGCUAUAGUAUAGGAGAGUACCGGAACCUUUAUUACUAUAGUAAAGGAGAGUACCGGAACCUUUAUUCCUAUAGUAUAGGAGAGUACCGGAACCUUUAUUCCUAUAGUAUAGGAGAGUACUGGAACCUUUAUUCCUAUACUACAGGAGAGUAGCAGAACCUUUAUUACUAUAAUAUAGGAGAGUACUGGAACCUUUAUUCCCAUAGUAUAGGAGAGUACCGGAACCUUUAUUCCUAUAGUAAAGGAGAGUACCGGAACCUUUAUUCCUAUAGUACAGGAGAGUACUGCAACCUUUAUUCCUAUAGUAUAGGAGAGUACCGGAACCUUUAUUCCUAUACUAUAGGAGAGUACCGGAACCUUUAUUCCUAUAGUACAGGAGAGUACCGGAACCUUUAUUGCUAUAGUAUAGGAGAGUACCGGAACCUUUAUUACUAUAGUACAGGAGAGUACCGGAAUCUUUAUUUCUAUAGUAUAGGAGAGUACCGGAACCUUUAUUGAUAUAAUAUUGGAGAGUACCGGAACCUUUAUUGAUAUAAUAUUGGAGAGUACCGGAACCUUUAUUGAUAUAAUAUUGGAGAGUACCGGAAGCUUUAUUUCUAUAGUAUAGGAGAGUACCGGAUCCUUUAUUCCUAUAGUACAGGAGAGCACCGGAACCUUUAUUCCUAUAGUAUAGGAGAGUAGCGGAACCUUUAUUCCUAUAGUAUAGGAGAGUACCGGAACCUUUAUUCCUAUAGUAUAGGAGAGUACUGGAACCUUUAUUCCUAUAGUAUAGGAGAGUACUGGAACCUUUAUUCCUAUAGUACAGGAGAGUACCAGAACCUUUAUUUCUAUAGUAUAGGAGAGUACCGGAAGAUUUAUUCCUAUACUACAGGAGAGUACCAGAACCUUUAUAGAAGAGUACCGGAACCUUUAUUCCUAUAGUAUAGGAGUGUACUGGAACCUUUAUUCCUAUAGUAUAGGAGAGUACCAGAACCUUUAUUUCUAUAGUAUAGGAGAGUACCGGAACCUUUAUUGAUAUAAUAUUGGAGAGUACCGGAACCUUUAUUGAUAUAAUAUUGGAGAGUACCGGAAGCUUUAUUUCUAUAGUAUAGGAGAGUACCGGAACCUUUAUUCCUAUAGUACAGGAGAGUACCGGAACCUUUAUUCCUAUAGUAUAGGAGAGUACUGGAACCUUUAUUCCUAUACUACAGGAGAGUAGCAGAACCUUUAUUACUAUAAUAUAGGAGAGUACCGGAACCUUUAUUCCUAUAGUAUAGGAGAGUACCGGAACCUUUAUUCCUAUAGUACAGGAGAGUAGUGGAACCUUUAUUCCUAUAGUAUAGGAGAGUAGCGGAACCUUUAUUCCUAUAGUAUAGGAGAGUAGUGGAACCUUUAUUCCUAUAGUAUAGGAGAGUACCAGAACCUUUAUUUCUAUAGUAUAGGAGAGUACCGGAACCUUUAUUGAUAUAAUAUUGGAGAGUACCGGAACCUUUAUUGAUAUAAUAUUGGAGAGUACCGGAAGCUUUAUUUCUAUAGUAUAGGAGAGUACCGGAACCUUUAUUCCUAUAGUACAGGAGAGUACCGGAACCUUUAUUCCUAUAGUAUAGGAGAGUACUGGAACCUUUAUUCCUAUACUACAGGAGAGUAGCAGAACCUUUAUUACUAUAAUAUAGGAGAGUACCGGAACCUUUAUUCCUAUAGUAUAGGAGAGUACCGGAACCUUUAUUCCUAUAGUACAGGAGAGUAGUGGAACCUUUAUUCCUAUAGUAUAGGAGAGUAGCGGAACCUUUAUUCCUAUAGUAUAGGAGAGUAGUGGAACCUUUAUUCCUAUAGUAUAGGAGAGUACCGGAACCUUUAUUCCUAUAGUAUAGGAGAGUAGUGGAACCUUUAUUCCUAUAGUAUAGGAGAGUAGCGGAACCUUUAUUACUAUAGUAUAGGAGAGUAGCGGAACCUUUAUUACUAUACUACAGGAGAGUACCGGAACCUUAAUUCCAAUAGUAAAGGAGAGUACCGGAACCUUUAUUGAUAUAAUAUUGGAGGGUACCGGAAGCUUUAUUCCUAUCGUAUAGGAUAAUAGUAACUUCCUUCCUUUACUAUUGCAGAAUACAAUAUUCUUUUUUUCUCUAGUUUAGGAGAGUCACAGACCCAUUAUCCCCUUAGUUCUUGUGUUUAAUGCAUAGAUAGAACACUAAAACUAUGCAAUAAUAAAAUAUUUCCAGAUUUCUGUAGCUGAUUUGUUCCCUAAUGCUGUGCUUUAUGAGUACUGCGAUAUUCUGAUGUAAAAUACUAACAGCUGUACUUCCAGAAACCAAAAGCAGGACAUCAUGCACGGCAGUAAUUUAGGAACUAAAAUGAAACCCUGCAUAAUGGGAGGGAGGGGAAGAUUGAGAGAAAAACACCCAGCUUAACUAGCUGUAACCUGUGGGUGCCUUUAAUGAGAGGUUUUGUUGUUGGAGUGGUAGACACAACAGAUAUUCUUCCAAUAUAAACGUAAAAGAUAGAAUCUGUAUCUCGGUGUGGACUGGAGGAUGCAGCUCCUCUCAUUCUCAGCCCAGCCUGGGGUGAUGAGAGUUGUACUUCCCCUAGAGGCUGACUAUUCAUGCUGUGAAUGAUGUAGUGAUCCCGUACCGUCUGGAGUCUAUAAAGUUGGAUAACUUUCGUUUACAAGCAAGCACAGAUCAAUUACCGUAGAGCCAAGCACGGACCAAGCUGAACUAAUUACCCUGUUAUUUUUUAAUUGAGUAAACGAGCUGAUUGAUGGCUCUGUGAAGGAAACAUGAAAUACACAGAGCUAGGGAAGUUUGACAUUCCCACCUCCCAUGUCACAUUUUGGGAUUGCCAGAGCUGGUCAUGUAAACACAGCACAGUUAUUCACUAAACUGGAACUGACGAGAAAUGAGAUGGGAAUUGUAAAUGGACAAUUUGGAUAGCAUAUUAAAAUAUAUUUAUCUUGGCUAGUUUGGGCUAAAAUGUUAAAUUCCACAGUCAAAUCUCAACAAGUCAACGUUUUUAACGUGAUUAACGUGAUCUUUGUAAAAAUAUAAUUGGUUGGAUUGAAAAGAACAAUAACUAUUUGAAGGCAAAUUCUAGCAUUACGAUUACGAAUAUAUACACUACUAACUAUUCAGAGUUUUCCCCACUAUUUAGAAUGUCAGUUCUGCACUCCAUGAUUAAAUAACUUUAAAACUUCCCUUUAUUCCCUAGUGCUAGCCCUGCUAUGUCUGCUCGUCCCCCCAGCUGAGAUGUUGGCCAAUCCAAUUGUUUCCCAUAGGGCAGUACUGAAAGGCUAGUGCACAUGCACAGCAAUUGCCACGCAAUCAGCACCCCCUUUGAAGAGAUUAAUUGUCUCAAUGCAUCUUCAUGGGGAGCUUUUGGCAUCUACAUGCAGAGCCUGAAGACGUUGAACGUUAGUCCUGCAAAGACUGCAGGACUGUAUCCAGGAAGCUCCUCUCGUGUCUGACAGUGUAGUCACUACAGGUGACAAGAGGCAGUAUUGUAAACCCCAGGGACAGUUUUUCUGUACCAGAACCACUGCAUUAAGCCCUAGUAGUUGUGCAGCUUAGGGUGUCCUUUGAGAUUUUCCUACAAAACUCUUUUACGUGGAGUCCGCUAUACACAGCGUACCUUAGCUCAGUGAUGGCAACUUUGUGAUGACCACAUCUAAUGACUGAGACUGCAAAGAGUUCAUAUCUUGAAAGAUUCAUGUGAACUCUGACCCUGUAAUAAAUGAGAAUUAAAAUUCCCCAAUUGAGGCCAAAUUAGCUGUACUGUAAACAUACAUAACUUGGAGAAUCUUCAUUUUGGCUAUUUAGGCCUAAGUUUUAAAUGGUUUAAUUCCAAACAAUUCACACUUCAUUAAAUAACUGUGCACGCCCUACCUAGUACUCCCUUCCCUAAACUGAAUAUGCUGUGAUGCAGUAUAUGGAAUUGAUGUGAUCCCCGUGAGAAAUUAAUUAAUUGCAAUUAUAAUGAAUUGCUUGAUCUGGUAAUCCUAUUCUCCUAGAAUAAUAAUGAUGCUGUGUUUGUCUUGGGUGGAUCACUAUAUAAUCCCAUAUCUAUAAAUUCUUAAUAUACGAUGUUAGAAGCCGUCACAAUAUCAUUGUGUGGAGUUAGAAAUAAUCCGAUAAUGGUUCCAUAGAGUGAAUUGUACAGUUCCUUAAAGGGACUCUCCAGUGCCAGGAAAACAAACCGUUUUCCUGGUACAGCAGGUCCCCUCUCCCUCUCACCCCCCCAUCCCAGGUUGCUGAGGGGUUAAAACCCCUUCAGUGACUUACCUGUAUCCAGUGCCGAUGUCCCUCGGCGUUGGGUCAGGGUCCGCCCACGCUCCUCCCCCGCCGGGGAGACCAUUGAGCAUGUGCGGCUGGGCAGACCUAAUGCGCAUGCACCGCAAUGCCGCGCACGCGCAUUAGACCUCCCCAUAGGAAAGCAUUGAAUAAUGCUAUCAAUGCUUUCCUAUAGGGAUUUCAGCGACGCUGGAGGUCCUCACAUAGUGUUAUUCUAUGAACACGGAAGCGUCCUCUAAAGCCACUAAAGGAGGACUUAACCCUUCAAGGUAAAUAUUGCAGUUUAUGAAAACUGCAAUAAUUACACUUGUAGGGUUAAGGGUAGUGGGAGUUGGCACCCAGGCCACUCCAAUGGGCAGAAGUGGUCUGGGUGCCUGGAGUGUCCCUUUAAAAAUCUCACCUUUUUGGCUUUUCAUCCUUUCGUAUAAUAACACAGAUAAAGGGAAACUGUCACUUCCUAGUAAUUUAAUGUUAUGUUUAUUUAUCCCUUUAUCUAACAAAAAUGUGUUUCCGAGAUCUGAAAAAUGAAAUUAAAGUAACACUCAAAACACUUAAAGCAGUUUAGCUUGCUAAAAUGGUUUGUGUGAAGAAAAAGUGCAGGUUUCAAUUGGCAGAUUUAUAAAUUAAUAUUGUUACACCCCUUCCGUCUGUCAAUCAGACAACGGUCCUGUUACUUCCUGGUUUGUUUAUCUCAAAUUGAGCUACAUUGGGAAGUCUGAUUGGACAGCCACAGAAAGUCUGACCUGGAGAAGAAGAGGAGUACUUGCAAAGACUGCAGACAAGAGAACUGCAGCUUUUGCCAGCUCUUUUUAGAUAUGACCCCAACAAAUGCAUGUAUGUUUUCAUUGGUGUAUCUACAAAAUAGGGAUGGCUAUUUUUUGUUUUAUAAUUUGUAGAGUGUUGCUUUAAAUCUAGAAACCACAUUACUGUAUUUACCUCUAUCCUGGAACUAAAUACCUCCAUCGUGGACCCCUGCAAAUCAGGGGUGUUUCUAGGAUUAAAAAAUAUACAGUGGGCUUGAGCCCAAAUAAUUUUGUGUCCCCUUCCUAAAGCGCCACCCUUUGCCCCUCCCAAAAUACCACCCCUUGCUCUUCCCACCAAUUACCCCUUAACACACCUCUUGACACAAUCACACACUGGAGGUAGAGUGCCUCCAUCAGAAUCUGUUGUUCCCGCUGUCUCGCCCUCGGCCUCCUCGCUCCUCAAUCCCCACCAUCACACUUUCCAAUUACUGACGACCUACCCCUCCCAAAUGCUUGUUUCUCUUGCUCAUUUGCAUCAUGUGCCCUGGCUGUGCCAGGAUUUUAACUGAGCAGUAUUGCUUUUUUCAAUUCUAACAGUGUAUCACAUGGAAAAAAGGUUAACACAAGAUAUAGGUAGUUUUCAUAUUCUUAUUCAAUGGUGUCAUUUUAACAAAUGUGAUGGGUUCUCUUUGAAAGGAGACAAAGCACUGACACCUACUUUGGGUAGUGUAGCAGUCUUCCAUGGUUACUCAGUGCUGCCCUCAGCUAUUAUUUUUGGAAAACAGUUAACAAGUUAGAAAGCAGCUUUGUUGGCAAUCAAAUUAAAAUCUGCCGCUAGCGUCUUAAGAAAAGGGAGUAUUAUCACCCUUCCCAGGGUAUUCUAAUGCAGUUACAGACCAGUUACCUGUGGUUAGAGAUAAGGCCUCACUUCCCCUGCCCAGAGAAGAGAGUUUUGGCACAGAUUACUUGUAUUUAGUUGUCUUAACCAAAGUCAGCAGGAUCAACCUGGAUAUGCCCCUGGUACAUCCAUAAUCUGUGAAUUUAGUUCUCCAGAAUGACCAAGUGUAUUCUUUGAAGGAAAGUAUCACAAAUUGUCACCUCACUGGGGUCAACUAUGUUGAUUUACUCUGCAGGUUUAUUAUGCCCUGGUGACGUAUGUUGACCAUUUUAGAAAUGUUGAUAUAUCCUGGCUAUUUUAGAAGAAAGAAGUAGGGAGGUGAUCCAGAAAAAUGUAUCUCACAGGGCAGAGCUCUGCUGUUUCAAAAUGUCCCACUAUCUCCAGUUCUGUCUAUAUAAGGAAGUCAAAUGUGAUUAAGCUGAUUGAUCAAGACUGUGUUGACAUGAAAGCAUUGGAGUGGGUAUAUUUUAGAUAUAUGUACAUAGUAAUACUACUUUUGUUUUUUUUUGUUUUCUGCAGGCCAUGGAGUUCAGUUCCAAAGACCUGGCUUUACAGGCACAGAAGAAGAUACUCAGCCGUGUGGCCACCAAGUCGAUGGUCAACAUGUUCAUUGAUGAGACCAGCAGCGAAGUUCUAGAUGAGCUGUACAGGGUUUCCAAAGAGUACACAAAGAAUAAGACAGAGUCACAAAAAGUCAUCAAGGACUUGAUAAAGGUGGCGGUCAAAAUAGGUGUAUUGUAUCGACACAACCGUUUCAGUCCCGAGGAGCUGGUGUUGGCCAAUGAUUUCAAGAACAAGUUGCACAAUGGAGCCAUGACUGCCAUUAGCUUUUAUGAAGUGGAAUUCACUUUUGAGAAAGGCGUUUUGCCUCAGAUACUUAUGGAGUGUAAAAACUUACUUCUUCGUCUUGUGGAGAAACAUCUGACACCUAAAUCACUUGGGCGAAUCCAACAUGUUUUCAAUCACUUUGCAGAUCAAGAGAUGCUGACCCAGCUCUACAACCCAAAGGGGGAAUUACGACCCCAUCUGCAGAAAAUCUGCAAUGGAAUGAACAAACUAAUUGACGAAGGCAAAUUGUGAAGAGAUAUGUAAAUAAUGCAAUGAGGGAACAAAGGAAGUACGCAUGAGGUUUCUGGCCCAGUUAUGCGUGGACCUUGAGAGACAAUAAUGCUUCUUAAUUAAUUGAAGCUCCAUGCCAAAGGGACACAUAGGCUGCAUUGCAAUAACAGCUGGGCUACUAUUGUACAGCAAGCCAUGGAUAUAAUAUUGCACAUUUUAACAGGCGUGCUAUUUUAUUUUUGUAUUCAGGCUGUUUAUAAAAGUUUAAAUUAAGAUAAAAUAUAUAUGGGGGAAAAAGAGGAACUCUUUUAUUAAGCAUAUUGAGACUCCAGAAGAAACCAGAAGGUCACAUCAGUUUCCAGUACUUCUUAAGAAAAAAAUAUAUAUAUAUGUGUGUGUGUGUUUUAAAUAUAUAAGAUCAGUUUUACAUUUCUAAAUGUUCUGGUUAUCUGACACUGGAGUUUUGAACCAUGUUGUGUUCACAUUUUAACUGCUCAGCACAAAUCUUGCAGAUUGGCAUAAACAUUAUAUUAAAAUGCUCUGUGGACCUUGUACGUUUGGCCAAUCAAAGGUUUUUUUUUUUUUUUUUUCUGUUUGUUUGUAUCUGUUUUGUUCAAAAUGUUGAGAAAGACGUUGCCAAGUUUUACUUCCCUUUAUGAUGAAAUACAGAUUUUAUUUUGAUGUAAGAUUGUGUGUAGUUUCAGGACAUCCUGUAAUAUUUCGUUUCAGUCAGUAAUGUAAAAUGUAUGUAAUUUUCAUGCUAUCUUAAAAGAUACAUGUAGUUUCCAAAUGUCCUGGGAUGUGCAUGUACUUUCAGACUGCCCUGUACCAUACAUGUAGUUUUAGCCUGUUUUCUAACACAUAUACUUACAGAUUGUUUGAUGUAUGUAGUUUUAUAACAUCAUAUAGGAUACAAACUAUUCAGUAACAUCCAAGUAGUUUCAGACUGUCCUGUAAGAUACAUGCAGUUUCUCUCUGUCCUGUAAGAUACAUGCAGUUUCACCCUGUCCUGUAAGAUACAUGCAGUUUCACCCUGUCCUGUAAGAUACAUGCAGUUUCACCCUGUCCUGUAAGAUACAUGCAGUUUCAGGCUGUCCUGUAAGAUACAUGCAGUUUUACUCUGUCCCUUAAGAUACAUGCAAUUUCACCCUGUCCUGUAAGAUACAUGCAGUUUCAGGCUGUCCUGUAAGAUACAUGCAGUUUCAGGCUGUCCUGUAAGAUACAUGCAGUUUCACCCUGUCCUGUAAGAUACAUGCAGUUUCAGACUGUCCUGUAAGAUACAUGCAGUUUCAGGCUGUCCUGUAAGAUACAUGCAGUUUCAGACUGUCCUGUAAGAUACAUGCAGUUUCAGGCUGUCCUGUAAGAUAUAUGCAGUUUCAUGCUGUCCUGUAAGAUACAUGCAGUUUCAGGCUGUCCUGUAAGAUACAUGCAGUUUCAGACUGUCCUGUAAGAUACAUGCAGUUUCAGACUGUCUUGUAAGAUACAUGCAGUUUCACCCUGUCCUGUAAGAUAUAUGCAGUUUCACCCUGUCCUCUAAGAUGCAUGCAGUUUCAGGCUGUCCUGUAAGAUACAUGUAGUUUCAGACUGUCCUGUAAGAUACAUGCAGUUUCAGACUGUCUUGUAAGAUACAUGCAGUUUCAGACUGUCCUGUAAGAUAUAUGCAGUUUCAGGCUGUCCUGCAAGAUACAUGCAGUUUCAAGCUGUCCUGUAAGAUACAUGCAGUUUCAGACUGUCUUGUAAGAUACAUGCAGUCUCACCCUGUCCUGUAAGAUAUAUGCAGUUUCAGGCUGUCCUGUAAGAUACAUGCAGUUUCAGGCUGUCCUGUAAGAUACAUGCAGUUUCAUUUGGUUUCUGGCUGUCCUGUAUGAUGUGUAGUUCCAAUAUAUCCAGGGUGUAUUGUGAUAAGACACUGUGUGUCUCCAUUACACCUCUUAUGUAUAGUGUUUCUGUCAAUGACUCUCUGUAAUGUGUAUUAACAAUGAAUCUGAAUAAUAGAUUCACCAUAACAACAUUGAACCUGUGUGCCUUUGCUUUUAGUAAGACCAAAGGUAAAUAAAUGUACCAUGAGUUAUGUC